AUUAUUAAAUCGCCAGCGGCAACAUGUUUAUAUGUUUUAGGGACGUACAAGAGAUCGUUUAAUCGCAGAGACGGUAUAAAUGGGCAUGUAUUAGCGUGGGUUCACCCAGUGACACAGGAAGUCGUCUAAAGCUUUUGUAGUUCAUGUAAUAAUGAGGUCUAACCACAGGCCUGCACCCACUGAGAGUACCCAGAGAGAGAUAAACAACGGCACGCUGUGGACGCGUCUGAUUAAAAUGCCCUAAAACGAAUAAAAACAUGUUAUUUAUAAGAAUCUGCAGACUGCUUCCUACUGUGUCCGUGUCACUGCCAUUUCCAAGGCACGGAGUGAUCCGCCGAAGCAUGGCCUCAGACCCGACAGCCACCGAGACAACCCGGUUCGACUUUCUGGUGAUCGGCGGCGGGUCUGGGGGUCUGGCCGGCGCUCGGAGGGCGUCGGAGCUCGGAGCGUCCACCGCCGUGAUCGAGAGUCACAAGCUCGGAGGUACCUGCGUCAAUGUCGGCUGUGUCCCUAAGAAGGUUAUGUGGAACGCUGCGGUUCAUGCCGAGUAUCUCCAUGAUCACAGUGACUACGGCUUUGACACUGGGAAUGUUCAUUUCAGCUGGGAAACUCUCAAGGCCAAAAGGGACGCUUACGUCAGCCACCUAAAUCGCAUCUAUCGCAACAAUCUUGACAAAGCUAAAAUCCAAACUAUUCAAGGUCAUGCCAGGUUUACAAGUGACCCCGAACCGACUGUGGAGGUCAAUGGAAGAAAGUAUUCGGCGCCUCACAUCCUCAUCGCCACUGGAGGGCAGCCUUCUGUUUUGAGUGAUGCUGAAGUUCCAGGGGCAAGUCUGGGCAUUACCAGUGAUGGCUUUUUUGAACUUGAAACUCUGCCAAAGCGCAGUGUGAUUGUGGGUGCAGGCUAUAUUGCAGUGGAGAUGGCAGGCAUCCUUUCCACCCUGGGAUCCAAAACAUCCCUCAUAAUUCGACAGACAGGAGUUUUGAGGAACUUUGACAGCUUCAUAAGCGCAAAUUGCACCAAAGAACUGCAAAACUCUGGUGUAGAUCUGUGGAAGAACUCUCAGGUGAAGUCUGUGCGUAAAACGGACAGAGGACUCGAGGUGACGCUCGUCACCAAAGACCCGGAGAAGAAGAACGACGAGGAGAAGAUCAGAACCAUCCAGGAAGUGGACUGCCUUCUGUGGGCCAUCGGCAGGCAGCCUAACACCUCCGGACUCAACAUCGGCGAGAUGACUGUGGAUACAGACGAAAGAGGCCAUAUCAUCGUGGAUGAGUUUCAGAACACCAGCCGAGCAGGGAUCUACGCUGUAGGGGACGUUUGUGGCAAAGCUCUUCUCACACCUGUUGCCAUCGCUGCAGGCAGGAAGCUGGCACACAGACUGUUUGAGGGCAAGAAGGACUCCAAGUUGGACUACUCCGCUAUCCCCACAGUGGUGUUCAGCCACCCACCCAUCGGAACGGUGGGCCUCACAGAAGAGGAGGCCGUUAAAUCGAGAGGAAAGGAGAACGUGAAGAUCUACAAGACGUCUUUCACUCCGAUGUAUCACGCCAUCACGAGCAGGAAGAGUCAGUGCAUCAUGAAGCUGGUGUGUGUGGGCAAGGAGGAGAAGGUGGUGGGCCUGCACAUGCAGGGCCUGGGCUGUGAUGAGAUGCUGCAGGGCUUCGCUGUGGCCAUCAAAAUGGGUGCUACCAAAGCAGACUUUGACAAGACUGUCGCCAUUCACCCCACCUCAUCUGAGGAGUUCGUCACAAUGCGUUAAUGCAGCUAGUCACUCCUCUGUACCACUCUCACAUCAUCUUGACAGCCUGCUUUCCAAAACUACAUGCUUCCAUUUUCUCUCAUUUAAGUGACCUUAUUCGUGCGCAGUGUUUUCAUUUUUUUCUAAUUUUCACCUAAAUGGACCAAGACCGAGUUAUGGCCUUCUUAAACUGUACUGUGGGUCUUGAUUAUUGAUUGAAUAUUCCGGAUUCCAUUUUAAUGAUUGUGAAAUGGAAGUGAUGGACCUGCGGGUGUUGUCAAGUGAUUGCAUGGGAAGUCAAAACACCUCUCUCCUAGUGUAUGUGUUUGAUUUGUCAGUCAUUUGUCAGAUUAAUAUUACAAACACUGCUGCUCUUUAAGGUACCUAUUUACUACCAAUGCAAGGUCAUAACAUUACUGUACUGUUCUAAAGAUUCAAUAAACCUGCAGCUUUUUUCUUAA